GUAAUCGGGACGAGUACUUCUGAUUUUGAGAGUGAUUUUGGAAUCUUCAGAGUUUAUGUAAUUUGUAACGGAAAGGGAGGCGGCAGCAACUUGAACACUAAGAAUGCUGGACAAGGUUGAGGACGAGAAUUCCCCCCCUGCCUUGGGCGGAUGCGUGGGCGGCUGCCUGGGCGGUUGCGUGGGCGGGUGCAGCGGAGGCGACAGCAGUGACCUCGACCUUGGCGAUGAACUCUCGGAUGACACGCGAGACUCGACCUCCGACGACGACCACGGCGACGACCCUUCCGGCGGCGGGAACCUCUCCGGCGGGAACCAGAGCCGCCGCUUCCUCACUUGGCGCCGGUCGCAAGCUUCCACGUGUGACGGCAAUGAAGCGAGCGACGGCGGUGUGGUCCUCGAGGUCGGCCUUGGAGAGGUGAACGAAGAGCGAGGUGUCGGGGGGCAUCAUCGCAACAUCAGGAAAGUCUUCACCAACACGCGAGAGCGCUGGCGGCAGCAGAACGUGAGCGGAGCCUUCGCCGAGCUGCGCCGCCUCGUGCCCACGCAUCCGCCCGACAAGAAGCUCUCGAAGAACGAGAUCCUCAGACUCGCUAUAAAAUAUAUCAAUCUCCUCAAUUCUGUCCUCGAGUGGCAGCGACGGCAGGAUGACUCGUUUUAUCCCUCUCACGACCAGGACAAUUGUAACAACAACAACAACAGUAGUAGCACUAACAAUAACAGGCGAAACGGGACUGUGCUUAGCAGCGGGAACGGCCAGCGCGGGUCCCCCCUCUCCCCGCGCGAGACCUGCAUCAGCAUCGACACGUCCCUUCGCUUCCGCCACCACCUUCAUCGGCCUUCCUCCCCGCAGUCGCCGGAGUCGCCGCCACCGACCUCUUCCACCUCCUCCUCCUCCUCCUCUCCUUCCCCUUUAUCUUACUCCUCUCCCUCUGUGGCGCUCCCCCGCCCCUCGCCCAUCCCCAUCGCACAUUACACCCUUCCAUCCUCUACCGCCACCCUCACUUCCCCGGCCACAUCCCCGCGCCCGCACGCCUCCUCCACGACUUCGAGGGUCAUCUCUCCGCCUCCCGAAGAAGGGUCGCAGACCACGACGGCGCGAUUUCACCCUUACGUGCUGGCGGUGCGGGUGCGGCCGGGUCUCACGCUCCUGCACCCUCAGGCCAAGUGAAGCAAAGAGGAAGCUCAGCUUUUACUGAAUGUUAUUCUCUACGUAUCUGAAACUGCCAAUAUAUAUCAUCAUUUACGCUCAUAUGUAAAUAUAAUGAUGCCCAUUAAAAAGUCUAUAAAAAAAAAUAACGAUAGUAGUAUUAUGAAUAAACGUAAUAACUUUUAGCUCCGGUUGUGUUGAAAAAAAUCAUCACAGCCGUCCACUUACUGUAUAACCAAUGAGUUGUGAAGUUUCUUGUGAUAACCGGAAUAAUAAUAUUGUUUAUUGUAACCUUCUUAUCUACUCUCGAUAUGAGUAAUAUGUGUAUAUCGAUACUUCUCUCCAAGUGAAUAUUUUAUGUAUGUAAACAGAGGUGGAUGGAAGUUGUAGGUGAAUGUAUUGGCUUAAGAAUUAUUGUGGCUAGUCGUCUGUAUUAUAAACCUGUAUAAACUAAAGGCUACUUCUUUUUCAUUCCAUUGCACUUGCAUCAAGGUUUAUAAUGUGAAUAAUAUUAAUAAACGAAUAACGGCAUUAACAAUAUCAAUUAUAAUAGUAGCUGAUAAUAAUUAUGGUGAUUUUAAUAAUUAUUAUU